UGUGCUCGCGGUCCGGGUCCGGGUCCCGGGCUCGCGAUCCGCGUCCGCGCCCGCGCCAAUAUGGAUCUGGAAGCGAGCGGUAGCGAAGGCUCCGGAGCUCGGGACUCGCAGGCCUUACCCCAGCCCGAUUACACGGUGUCUCCUUUGGCAGCGCCGUCGUGCCAGAAAGCGGCACCGGUAGUCAGGACGGACCCGGUGGCCGACGCCAGAGGAGGGAGAGGCGGCGGUGACGUGUCGACCUGCAGCGGCAGUACUGGAGCCCGAGAGUCGGACUCCUUCAUCGGGACCGUACCCGUUACCGUCUCCCUGGAGAACGUCGACGGUCAGCACAGGAUUGUUUGUUUGGCGACAGAUGCUAACGGUGGUACAUUGUCUUAUGUUGGCCAGCUCAAUUCAGAUGUGAAUUUGGAACUGCAGGCUGCAGUGUCUCCACAGCCUUUGCUGCAGCAAGAUGGUUUGAGUGCUAUUUCAACAGGCAGUCCCCUUCUUCAGAUUCGCCCUCUGGAUGCAGGAUCACAACAACUACAAAAUGUUAUUCUGGAAGGACAAAUCGAAGGUAGCAGUGGCACAAAAGAACUGGAGAGUGAUGAGCCAAAGAAACGGAAAGGUGGUUGGCCCAAAGGAAAGAAGAGAAAGCCACCUAAAGAUUUCACUCCUCCACGUGCUCCAACCACAGGGUAUGUGUUAUUCCUGAAUGAACAGAGAGCCAAGCUGAAAAUUGAACAUCCGGAACUUCCUUUUACAGAGAUAACUAAAUUGCUGGGUACUCAGUGGUCACAACUGUCUCAGGAGGGUAAACAGAAGUACAUUAAUGAGGCAGAAAAAGACAAGCGCCGAUAUAUUGAAGAGCUGAAAGCAUAUCAAAAUUCAGAGGCUUACCAAGCUUUCCUGAAAAGAAAGGCAAUGAACAAAGUGAAAAACCUGUGUGGUGUCGAAUCUCUGGACACUGAAUGUGAAGAUGAAGCUGUUACAAUGUCAGAAAUAGGUGAUGAGGGAAACAAUGACCUGUACUGCAAAACAUGUAAUCAGUAUUUUAGUUCACUACAUAACAAAAAGGAACAUCUUUUUGGAAGACAACAUCUUCAGAACUUGACAGGGGACUUUGAGAAAGAGGCAGCUGAACUCUCAAAACAGCAGCAGGAACAGCAGAAGGAUGAUGAAGAUUCAGCUGAUGACAUUGGCAUGGCAGAGUUCUCCCAUUUAUGUGGCCUGACUUCAAGGCAUAACUAUACAUCGCUGAAUUUAAGUUUUCUGGAGGAAUAUGUCUUCAAGCAGGUAAAAUUAAGAGAGUUUGAGCUUGAUGAACUUGCAAAAUCGUUGGAGCACGUACAAGAUAAGCAUAAAAAUUUAAAUAAGCAGUUGGACGUAUUGAAGAAUCAGAAGGUAAAAUUGGAAACUGACCUUGUGAAUUUGAAAGCAUAUGGAGCAUCACUGGAUGAACAAUUGGAAAGUUUAAAAAUGGUUCCAUUGCUCUUUCAGUUCCACAUCCAAGUAACGGAUAAUGGAACACUUCCAUUCACAAAAAUCCUUUGUUAAAAUUUGAAGAAAAAAUAAAAAGUAAAUGAUGAAGAAAGAAAAGGUUUAAAGCUGCAAAUCAGGUCAGAUGUGAACAUUGAAUUUCACUGAAUAUCGAUCUGUUAGAGACUUUGACUGUCAAAUUUGACUUUCAUGGAACAGAACUAUUGUUUUAAAUGCUGUCUCACUGAUGAGUAUGUCUUUAUUGUGCUCUGUAUCAGGUUAUCAAAGCAUGUUGAAAGAAAUACGUUCACACUGUGGUCUAAGUUGUAUUUAAUUUUUGCACAUGCUGAGAGUAAGCAAACGGCGUUUGUCUCACUUAUUUUAUGAUGGGUUUAAAUUUGCUGCAUUACAGUUUAUUGGAUAGUUGAAAUACAAUAAGGAAAGAUAUUUGGCAUGGUUAUGUAAUUCCUAAGCGUAGUUCAAGUCAAUAUUUUUCUCCUUCCCCUUUGUUUUUUUUCUUUCUAACUCUCUUUUGUGUUUAAACAUGUUAUAUUCUGAAUGUACCAGACAUCACAUCAAUUUUUAUAUCUGAAGAUCUACAUAGUGUAGGGGGAAAUGGUCUCCAUAUAUGUGGUUUCAACACAUUCUGACCUGUGGCUUGCUUUUCAUUUGAAAGAAAUAAUGUAUUUUAAUGGAAAACUACUUUGCCCUAUUAUUUUUUGAAGCAGCAAAAGUGAUUUUCAAAGUUGCUGGUGUUUUUUGUUUCCAGCCAUUUAUCAUGUUGACUUAUGUUAUGUACAAAAUGUACAUGUGUAUCAUACUAACUUUUUUAAAAGGUAAAUUAGAUGGUGAUCUUUAAAGCAUAUAUUUUGCUGAAUAAUAUUAUUUUCAUUUGAUGCCAAUCUAGUGAAGACCAGAUUUCCUAUAAAUAGCUUUUGUCUUAACAUCCAUCAUUGGUGCUAGGGUAGUGAAACUUUUUAAUUGCACUUUCAUAUAUGAAUCAUAUUGUAGAAUGUGUAUUUUUAGAUGACACUACAGAAACCUAUGAACUCUUGUUUUAUAGAUAUAAGAUACAUCAUUGUUUUGGUGUUACAAGUGUUUACUAAAUCAUUGAGAACGGUGUUUUCUAUAUAGUAAUGCUACAUUUGGACAAAAAGUACUGUAUAUUUAUUUUUUGUGAAACUGUCAAAUGAAAUAAACAU